AUGGUGCCGAAGCCUCAUAGGAAGGUUAAAAGGAGGCACUUGUGUUCAUCUUCCUCCAGCACUGUAGAGGAGAGCCAAGAUGAGGAUCUGCUGGAUGGUCCGAGAAGUUUCAGAAGUAUUACGACAAGCCACACACACACUCUAAAUACUACAAGGAGUGGGGUCAGUUUGUGCGUGAUCGGAGUGAGAGGAUCGUCGAACUUGGGCGAAGACCCUCUCACCUAUGAUUUUGAAACAGAAUGGAAAGUAUAUUGGAAACAUCGCUUAAGUAAGCUGGAAGUGGAAGACUGGAAUGAAAAAAAGAAAAAAUAUCUAGGGCUUGUUAAGAAGGGACACGGCGUCUCUGACAGGAGGCGGAAAUAUGAAUCGUGGUCAACAACAAGAACGUCGAGUCCUAGAUCCAGUACCGAGUCAAGUUCAAGAUCAUCAACAACGUCGAGUACAGUAUCGACAGGAACAUCUAGCUCAAGUUCCAGAACCAAGUCAAGAUCACCAAGCUCAAGUUCCAGCACUAGGUCAAGAUCAACGUUCAACUUGAAAGAGAGAGCUAGAAGAUUGGGAGGGAGGUCAUGUUCGAGGUUGAGGUUAGAAUCUAGGAAAAAGUCUCAGGAGCUCAAUUUUUGA